GCUAGAGCUGCCGCCCGGGCCCGGCGCUCUGUGUGCCCGAGUGUGUGCGUGCUGGGAGUCCCUCUCCAUCUCUCUCUCACAUUCCACUGCCUCCCUGGGAGUGUCUCCGCCGUCCUCACUGCCUCCGCCUGGCGCUGGAUUGCACAAGGAGCAGAGAGGCAGGAAAGGAGGAGAAGUUGCCCACGUUUUUAAUUCUUCCUCCUGUUUUGUGUCUAGACUCUGGCAAGCUUUCCAGAGUGGAGCGCAACAUCUGCUGUGUUGCAGGGGAGCUGUGUUCUUUACUACACCAGGAAAGGAAGCUGAGCAGCAUUUCAAAGGCAUCUUCUUCUGUUCCUGAGUGGUGUGGACUUCACUUACAGCCCCUUCAGAGGACGAACGUGCAUUAUUUGAAGAGCGACGUGCAGAUGCCCCAUGGCAGCUCUCCUGCAGCCCAAUAUGAGCAGCCUACAGAAAGGUGCUGGAGGAGAGCGACUGGUGACCCCAUCACCCCCCUGCUCCCCCUCCCUUGGAGACAGCUGCAGCAUCGCGCCCCUCACCCCCUCCCCUUCUCCGAGGACAGUCCUGCGGCCCAGAUGCGUUCGGCCUUUCUCUGUCGUGGUGGCCAUCGAUUUCGGCACCACCUCCAGCGGCUACGCCUUCAGCUUCACCCACGACCCCGAGGCCAUCCACAUGAUGAGGCGCUGGGAGGGCGGUGACCCUGGCGUGGCCAAUCAGAAGAGCCCGACCUGCCUGCUGCUGACCCCUGAGCAGCGCUUCCACAGCUUCGGCUUCGCAGCGCGGGAUAGCUACCACGACCUGGACCCCGAGGAGGCCCAGCACUGGCUGUACUUCGACAAGUUCAAGAUGAAGAUCCACAGCACCACGGACCUGACUCUGGAGACAGAGCUGGAGGCAGUGAACGGACGGAAGAUGAGAGCCAUUGAGGUGUUUGCCCACGCACUGCGAUUCUUCAGGGAACAUGCACUCAAGGAGGUGAAGGACCAGUCCUCGGCAGUGCUGGAGGGAGGAGACGUGAGGUGGGUCAUCACAGUGCCGGCUGUAUGGAGACAACCUGCCAAGCAGUUCAUGAGAGAGGCAGCCUACCUGGCUGGCCUGGUCUCCCCAGAGGCCCCAGAGCAGCUCCUCAUUGCGCUCGAACCCGAGGCCGCCUCUAUAUACUGCAGGAAGCUCCGUCUCCAUCAGGUCAUUGACCUGAGCAGCCGACCAAUGGCCAACGGCUUGGAGCCCGAUGGGUCUCGCCUAUUUGAUUCCAGCUUCAGACAGGCACGUGAGCAGCUCCGCAGGGCCAGACACAGCCGCACCUUCGUGGUGGAGAGCGGGACGGGGGAGCUGUGGGCGGAGAUGCAGACAGGUGACCGCUACAUCGUGGCGGACUGCGGGGGAGGCACCGUGGACCUGACCGUGCAUCAGAUCGAGCAGCCGCAGGGCACGCUGAAGGAGCUCUACAAGGCGUCAGGAGGCCCGUACGGCGCUGUGGGGGUGGACCUGGCGUUUGAGGCCAUGCUGUGUCAGAUCUUCGGGGCUGAUUUCAUUGAGAGCUUCAAGGCGAAGCGGCCGGCUGCCUGGGUGGACCUCACUAUCGCCUUCGAGGCUCGCAAGAGGACAGCGGCGCCCGGUCGUCCCAGCGCCCUCAACAUCUCCCUGCCCUUCUCCUUCAUCGACUUCUACAAGCGGCACCGCGGGCACAGCGUGGAGACGGCCCUUCGCAAGAGCAAUGUGAACAUCCUGAAGUGGUCGUCGCAGGGCAUGCUGCGGAUGACGCCGGAGGCCAUGAAUGAGCUCUUCCAGCCCACCAUCUCUCAGAUCGUCCAGCACAUCGUGGCACUGAUGCAGAAGCCGGAGGUGCAGGGCGUGCGCUUCCUCUUCCUGGUGGGGGGCUUCGCGGAGUCGCCCAUGCUGCAGCACGCCGUGCAGCUGGCCUUCGGGCGCAGCUGCCGCAUCAUCAUCCCGCAGGACGUGGGGCUGACCAUCCUGAAGGGGGCAGUGCUGUUCGGGCUGGACCCCACGGUGGUCAGGGUGCGCCGCUGCCCGCUCACGUACGGCGUGGGCGUGCUGAACCGCUUCGUGGAGGGCCGGCACCCGCGGGACAAGCUGCUGGUGAAGGAGGGCCGGCGGUGGUGCACGGACGUGCUGGACCGCUUCGUCUCGGUGGACCAGUCGGUGGCGCUGGGGGAGGUGGUGCGCAGGAGCUACACGCCGGCCCGGCCCGGCCAGCGCAAGAUCAUCAUCAACAUCUACUGCAGCGGCAGCGACGACGCGGUCUACAUCACCGACCCGGGCGUGCGCAAGUGCGGCACCAUCACGCUGGACCUGCCCGAGCCGCCGCCGGGCGGCUGCGCCCGCGCCGGCCGCCGGGAGAUCCGCACCACCAUGCAGUUCGGCGACACGGAGAUCAAGGUGACGGCGGUGGACGUCGUGACCUCCCGCUCCGUCCGCGCGGCCAUCGACUUCCUGUCCAACUGAGGGACCGGCAGCCCUCAUCUCCGCUGCCCUGUGUCAGCCAGGCUUCCUUUGUAUUGUCUGCUGUAGCACCAUCUGUUGCAAAGCUGUGCUUGCUCUGGCUUCACUGAGCCCCAUGUUACUGUUUAAAGGUCUGCGGUGCACAACAGCCCCACCUGCUGGCUCACAGCCCCACGCAACCCCCUGCAGUCUCCCCCUUGUGGACAAUGCGCUCAGCAAAGCAUCGAUCCGACUCCCCAGCACCGCGGUUCUCGAUCCUGGCCCAGCCAAGUUCUUAAUCACGGGCCCACUUAUUUUCAGUGUUCUGUGUGAAGCCUUUUCUAAAAUGAGAUCUGAAGUGGGUAAUGAGCCCUUUGCUCAGCUGUGAGAGCUGACAUCUAACCAACUUGUCUUGAGCAGAAUAAAGGCACUGGAGCUCAGAAGGAGUGCCUUGACACAGUGGCAUUCCUGCCUGAGCCUGUUCACAGUCAAUAGAUCGCGAUUAAAAGCUGUUUGCAAGGAACUAACUGAGCAAAUAGUUAUUUUUCAGGUUGAGGAGAAACUACAGAAAGUUCUGUGUGCUGAUUUUUUAAAUCACUUUAAUUUUAAAUCAAUUAAGCACUUUAUUUUUAAAACUUUAAUUUAUGUUUUUGAAAUUAGUCCUUGCUUACAGAAAAAAGAAUAAUGAAAGCAAUCAGCACAGGCAAUUUAGGAACAAAAAAAUGAAAACAUGGACAUGGACAUGUUUUUCAGAAAUUGGGCCUGGAUUGAGAACCAAAGUUAAGCUUACGCUGGGAAAGAAACACAUCAACAUGCACGGCUGUUACUUGUAUUAUGACUCGCAGCUGCCUUAGAUAGGACAACACAGGCAGAGUAGACCUGGCAGGAGAUAUCAGGCUGGAGAAGAGGUCUCCUCCUGGGCAUCCCCAGCAUCCCUGCAGGGUGCUGUCUAACCCCACAGCACAGCGUCACAGGGUAGUCUCUCCUGGAAACUCCAUUUUUGUGACAAGGAGGUUUCAAGGGAGAACUCAGAUCCUGCUGCCUUAUAUGUACUCAAAAGCAGCAGUGCGGGAUGAGCCCCACACAAUACCACAAUUGUGAGAUGUGCAGUUAAGACUGGAUGAUUAGGUCCUUCACACAAUGAGAAGUACACAAACACAGCUGGGUGAACAUCCAGCUCUUUCCUUAUUCUGGAUGGGCGCAAGCAGCUAAUAGGAAGAAAACAGUAACCAAACAUACUGGGCCAAAAAAGCAUUUCAUUCAGAUGGCACUGGGGCAGCGUGAGAGUCGUGUGAUCUUUAAAAAUAAGACACAGCUUUUUCCUAAAAAUCCAGUUUUUAAAGAUUUUCAGUUCAGCUAGUAAAGACACAGUAUAUGACAUGAAAAGACCAAUCAUGACUGAUUGGACCCAUUAUACUCCUAUCGGUUCUCAACGUCUUUCAGAUACGAAAGCCUCACUGAGGGUAAUCCUGCAGGGGCCCGGUGCACCAGUUUUCACAGGGGCCGCAUACAGCGGUGCUUCUGGGUUGCAGCCUGAUCUCUUCUGGCCUCAGAAUGUAACCCAGGCUGGGCCUGGUCAGCUGUAAGGGUUCCUGCUGAUCAGUGGGCCGACUCUUCCCUGAGGAGCAGAAUGCCCAACAGGGCCAGGGAGCAAUCUCUAGAGCACAGUGGCGUGCUGCCUUUGCCAUCUGAAGGAUCUACAAAUGAGAUGUUAAACCUCAAAGUUCCCCCUUAAUUCACCUGAUGAAGCAAUGUGUCAGCCUCCACCCCGGUCCGUCACUGGUGGACGAGAGUCUUCUCCUACGUGUAAAGCGUUUUGAGAUCAGAAAGUAUUGAAAUGUCUUUAUCGUUCCGGUGCUCUGAUUACCACUCCAGACUCCAGUUACAUUGUCUUCUGUCAUUACUGUUCUGUAUAUCUUCACGCUUCUCUGCAACUUGGCCAAAUACCCUGGUGGGCAUUACAAACUGCUGGACUUCUCCAUAAUUAUUUCUUAAUUUUAUAUUGACUUACCUAUCAUAAACAGAAAAUUGUAGGAUGGUUCUUUUUUUAACAUGGUAAUAAUCAUUUUCUCAUUUUUAGUGUUUUGUGUUCUUUCUCCUGGAUCCUGAUUUCCUGGUUGUGCAACAUUUUAAGACUUUACCAGACUCUGUACCAACACACAAACCUCAUCUCAGCACAAAUCCUAAAGGGUUUUAUUUAUAGAGAAAAUUGCAUAUCUUCUACUUGUAAUCUUUUUCAUUUCAAACCACUUUGUUCUACGCAUAAAUAUAUUGAAUUUUGUAUUUAUAUAUUUUUGUAUAACCUUUUUUCAAAGCUAUAUAAACAUA